CGCUAGAGUGAGUGACCAUUUGUUGAGACCGCCAGUGAAAGCGGUUACACGCCUACUCGGAAAAACAGAUCAUUCAUUAAUACUCUACAGUCAGAUGUUAAAUUAUUCUACCGUGGAUUAUUUAACCCGCGAUCCCUCCGCAAGAAUCGGACGCCUCCUCAGUGUUUUAGCGAAAGGAUGAAGUAGUUUCUGUGGCACAACUACAGAAUGCGGUUUACUGGGAACAUAUAUGACCAUUUCUGAUCUGAAGCACACUAAGCCACAGUUUGCUACAGAAAUGGUAUCGCUGACUGUUUUUCUGCCUCUGGAUCUUCUUCAAACCACCCGAUUUUCUUACACUUGAGCAGCACCGAGUGGUUUUGGCACAUUAGUAUGCAUGCUCGAGGUGCAACAUGUCUUUGUGCAUGAAUGCAGGGCAGUCAUAACUGAUCUGGGGGAAAAAACAAGGGGACACUCCCCCCUUCGGAAGACUUUUGAACAAUGACCGGACCAAGCGCCACCAGCAGCGGCUCAACGGCCAAGAUCAGCAGACACGGUCGGUCCAAGAGCACCAGUACCUACUGUCACACUACGGGUCUGGCGGCUGAAUCCUCCUCAUCCACUGCCGCAAACAACACCGGCAGAUCUUCCGGUGAGGAAGAGGAGAAAGACGGCGGGGUCCCGUUUUUCGUGAACAGGACGGGCUUUCCCAUAGACACUGUCACCUGGGAGAGAAUGUGGUCCCAUGUCACCAAAGUUCAUCCCGAUGGACAGGAGAUGGUGGACAGAAUACGAAAUGCAACACACCUCCCUAAACACCCCGUGCCAUCAGUUCCAAACUUUAAGCCAUCGAUGUCUGUGCCUGAUUGGCUCCAUGCCGUCCAGAACUACAUGAGAAACUUGCAAUACAACCAUACGGGAACGCAGUUCUUUGAGAUUAAGAAAACCAGACCUCUGAGUGGGUUGAUGGAGACCGCCAGAGAGAUGAUACGAGAAUCACUUCCCAUCAAAUGCCUUGAAGCAGUUAUCCUUGGAAUCUACCUAACCAAUGGUCUGACCUCCGUGGAACGGUUCCCCAUCAGCUUUAAGACCCAGUUUUCCGGCCACCACUUCCAUCAUGUGGUGCUGGGCGUUUACUGUAACGGCCGAUAUGGCACUCUGGGUAUGAGUCGACGUACUGACCUCAUGGACAGAUCUCUGAGCUUCCGUACGCUCAGCGAGUUGGUGUUCGACUUUGAGGACUCAUACCGCCGCUACCAGCACACCAUGAAGAAGAUCAAAAUCGGCCUGUACGUGCCCCAUAAUCCACAUGUUUUCCAACCUAUUGAGUGGAACUAUCUGGUGAUCAACGCCUGCAAGCAGGGCCGUGAGGACAUGCGCAAAGAGCUGGAGAAGCAUGGCCGUGACAUGAGGAUGAAGAUCCUCAAGUCAUCCAGUGCUCAGUCUCCAAUCAAAGAACGCACUCGAGGCAAGUCUUUAUCACCUCGUCGCCGAUCAGGCAGCAGUCCCCAAAGACGCCAACAUGCCCACAGAAGAGACAAAUCGCCAGCAGCACUGGACAGAAAGCCGGCAGAGCUCAGCACCCUCAGCGAUGGCUACCAGAUCCGCAUCUGAGACACUAGACGUACCAGCUUUAUCCUCCACAUGUCCUUCCCUCAACACUAUUUAAUGCACAUCGUCAACUGUACAGCAUAUUUAACAUAUUUACAGUUGUGCUUUUGUGUUAGAGGGAAAUUGGGUGCCCUUUUUAAAGUCAAAAACAAAAGUUUUUAACAGAAUAUGAUACUCCUUUAUCAGCCAUAAUUUUUUUUUUUUUUUAAAUGGUAAGUUUAAGAAUGAAGGAUGUCAGUUUUGCUUUUUAAAAGUUUUUUUUUUUACUCUAGUAAUUGUCAAGCAUUUUAAAUAUUCGAGCAAAUAUGGAAAAUGUGGGGAAAAGGCUCUAUUUUUGGACAGAAUCUCAGUGCCUCGUGUCGUGGUGCUGCUGUAGUUAUGGAGGCUGACUGGCCUGGAGGAGAGAGGACACUAGCUUUUUUUCCAGAGGCGUAAGGACACAAGGGACCUAAGCUUCAGAGAGCUACUCAUUCUGCCCAAAAGAACCACAUUCAAUCCACUUUUCUUCGUUUUUUUGUUACCUGCAUACAUGACAUGGAUGGAAUGGACAUGAUUUAUCCACCAAGGUUUGACGUUACCUUACAUUUUGAAGGCUUUGUACUGUUUUUAUUUUCUGCAGUUGUAGAACAGUAGUUACAUUUUUUUAUUUAUUGAUUUUUCUCGUUUUUACUUUUUUGUUUAGACAAUACAGUAUUGUAUUUUUUUUUUUUUUUUUUUAAAUCUCUCGGAGGUGUGAAAGUUGAUGUGCUAUUGAUUGACCCAUCCGUAAUUUUUCACUCAUUUAUUCUGAAAAUAUAACCGGUUUAUUUAAAUUUUUUGUAACGGCGGAGAUGUAAGCUUAGCUAAUUUACAAAAGCAAAUUUACUUACAUUCUCUGCGAUAAUAAAAUAGAAAUAAAUACUUAAAAAAGAGAUCAAUUAGAGAAGAAGAUAUGCUAUUAUUUCAUAUUUUCCCUCAAUAUUUUCCCCCAUUUUGUGACAUGGCCAAAUUACAGGUCAUCACAGGCCAUCUUUGACCCAAGGGUCCUGGUUUGGGCAUCUCUGUCCUAAAGGGACAUGGUGAUAAAAAAAAAAAAAAUCUAGGUUUGUAUUUUCAAAACACAAGAGGAACUUUGCAUGGGAGCAAAAGCAUUGAAAUAUUUCAUAUAAAAAUAUAAGUUUCUUGAAACUGCAGCAGUUUUGUGAAGGCACCCAAAAGCAUUGAAAUGAUUUUUUUCAUCUUGUCUUAUGUUUUUCUAUCACCAGGCCCCCUUAUAGGACCCCGUAUGUUCUAACUAUAGGAUCGCCAAUACAAUCAUUCGAGUACACGCAAAAUAUCAUCUCUUUAUCAACAGCAUAUCACUUGAAUUUUCUCACCUCGUGAGAAUAAGCUAUGCACAUGGAGAAGGUCUGUGGAAUCCGUCCUUUUCGACAGCAGACUUGACUUUAAAAUUGUAGCAAUGACUUUGUUAGCAAUUCUUCAAGGUUGUACGAGCGGUUCCUCUCUGAGCGAUGUUUUUUUUUUUUUGGGGUGCUGAUGACUAAACUACCACAUUAUAGCUCAUUCUGCCUUGUAAUUGGUACCAGCUUUCUAUCUAAAGCUACUGAACCACACAAGUGCCAGACGAUUGAGUACGUCCAAUUCGUCCUUAGAGCUGAGGGUUUCAGUCGCACGAAGAAGAAAGAUCAUGCGUUUCAGUGACAAAUCUAAUGCGGCGUGUUGAAUUGCUCAGGCUCUUUAUGGGAGAGAAGUGGUCUGCGGCCAAUUUGGCAUGCGAAGAACAAUACAUUGUUACAGAUUUCUAUCAUUUAUAACUUGUUAGGUAACUAAUCGGAUGUGCGAGAUUGCGAGUGAAUUUUUUAUGGCAGACAACGACCAGGUGUUAGUUUAAAAAUGGCUUUCUGGUUUUAAGAAAGUGCAACGAUCUCCCUCAAAGGUGCUAAGAUGAGACAUUUCACAUAUUGUUAUUAAAUUACGUUAUUUUAGACUCUUUUUAUGAUAAAGAGCACAUUAGCCUGACGUUUUAGUAGCACAAUGAUUAGGAACUGAAUUACAAGAUACACGUUUAAUGGUAUGUGUUAGCCUACCAAAAAAAAAACGAGCGAACUGGAAAUAUAAUGAGAUUAUAGACGCUUUUGUGGAAUUUUUGUUUCCAUGUCUAAUACGGGCUUGUCUGAAAAUACAAUCAAUUUUGAUGAAUGAGAAGUAAUCAGAAUUUUAAGGGAAAUGUUUUUCUCUCACUAAGAAUGUUAACGAUGUGACUUUGUUACGAAGACCUCAACUCAAACCUGUCCUCGGUUUUCGGUUCGUAUUUUUUUUUUGUAUCAUAAAUGUAUCGCCUAAAUAAGGACUUUGUAAAAUUCAAAUACACACAUUUUUCCUAAGCCUUACCGCAGCUUGCACCGUCAGUCCUCUUUUCUGUCAUGAAUUCGUGUCUGGGUCGCCUCAGUUGCUCCACAAGGAAACGUUAAUGUAAUUUGUUAAUCCCUCUGUAGCAUGUUUUAAUAAAACUAUUUUUUUCUGUAAA